UUGCCGCUGACGCUGUGUGGGCGGGGCCUGCUGCCUGAUUAAAUGGAGCAGUGAUGAUGAAGGCGAGCAGAGCUCCGACUGUGAGACAAACUGAAGGAUGGCAAUGCUGCUGCAGCCUCUGUGGAGCUUCGUGCUGGGACACGCCCCCCUCCUGCGCUCGCCCUUCUUCCCCGUGCUCUUCUCGCUCUGCGUCUACCUGUCCUUCUGCCUGCCCUUCCUGCUGCUGGACGCGCUGUCCACCAGGUGGGCGUGGGCGCUCAGGUACAAGCUGCAGCCUCAGAGCUCCGUCAGCUGGUCGUCGGUGCGGCGCUGCCUGGCUCUGACGCUCUACAACCACCUGGUCUUCAUCUUCCCGCUCACCGUGCUGCACUGGUACCUGAGGCCGGUGCACCUGCCCGAGGAGGCCCCGCCCCUUCCGCGCCUGCUGGCCCAGGUGCUCGUGUGCCUGCUGCUCUUUGACUUCCAGAGCUUCGGCUGGCACCUGCUGCACCACCGAGUGCCCUGGCUCUACCGCACCUUCCACAAGGUGCACCACACCUACACCUCCACCUCCGCCCUCACCGCCGAGUACUCGGGCACCUGGGAGACCCUCAGCCUGGGCCUGUUCGCCGCCGCCAACCCCCUCCUGCUGGGCUGCCACCCGCUCACCGAGCUCGCCUUCUUCGUGGUCAACAUCUGGCUGUCGGUGGAGGAUCACUGCGGCUACGACCUGCCGUGGGCCACGCACCGCCUGGUGCCGCUGGGGCUGUACGGCGGGGCGCGCCACCACGACCUUCACCACCUCAAGUCCAAGUGCAACUUUGCGCCGUACUUCACCCACUGGGACCGCCUGGCCGGGACGCUGCAGACGCAGGACUGAGCCGCCGUGAU